AUGUCGGACCAGAUUGAGGGGAAUAGGCCGAAGCCAGGCAAAAGCGCUCCAAUGUUCAGGUACCUGAAGAAGUGUGUACCGACGAACGAAGGCCUCGGCAAAUUCUUCUCUUAUACCCGCCUCCUAUUUUCCCUUGACUACACCAAAACCGACGUCUUCCUCAUCGUUUGCGGCGUUUUCUUCUCUAUCGCAGCAGGCCUCCCUUUCCCUCUUCUGGGUAUUGUCUUCGGUGAUUUGAUCGACGACCUGAACACGGCAACCUGCUCGCCAUCCGCACAGACGAACAGCUAUGUCGCCGACAGCGUGCGCCAAAAGGUGUUAUAUGUGGUAUACAUUACGAUAGCCAACUUUUGCUUCAUAUACAUCCAUUGCAGCUGCUGGAGCUACAUCAGCGAGCGUAUUGCGUGGCGAUAUCGAAGACGAUAUUUUGAGAGUAUCAUCAAACAGGAGACAGGGUACAUUGAAGGAUUACCACUCGGGGAUGUAACCUCACGGUUGGUGAGUGAUAUCCAAGUCGUGCAGUCCGGGACCUCGGAGAAGGUGGGGCUUGUUAUUUCCACAGUGUCCUACUUUGUUGCCUCAUACGUCGUGGCUUUUAUCAAGGUGCCUGCUAUUGCGGGAAUGCUGGUGUCUGUGGUGCCGUGCUACUUUUUCAUGUCGUAUGGUGGUGGGUACUACAUCAAGAAAUAUGCGGGUCGGAUCAAUGAGUAUGUCGAUGCGGCUACGUCAGUUGCCUCGUCAAGUGUGUCCCAUUUGGCACUGGUGCAUGCGUUCAAUGCGAAUGACAGGCUGGAGAAGCUGUAUGCAGGUUAUCUGGCUGGAUCGCGGAUGGAUGCUCUCAAGAAGGCAGGGGCUCACGCUGCUCAACUUGGACUGCUUUAUUUCAUUGCCUACGCUUCCAACGCCCUCGCCUUCUGGGAAGGAUCUCGGUUAAUUGCGGACUCGGUGGAAAGCAAUGGCUCUGGGACAUCUGUCGGGGCCGUGUAUACUGUCAUCUUUGUCUUGAUCGACGCAUCCUUUAUUCUCAGCCAAGUCGCACCCUUUGUGCAUAUCUUUGCGGCCGCAGCUGGUGCAUCUGAAAAGCUCUUGGAGGUGAUCAAUCGCGAGUCCAAGAUUGAUGGAACUGCGCAGUACGGAGACAAAUCCGCCCUAUUUGCUUCGGAAGAUAUCACUUUCCGCGACGUGCACUUUGCCUAUCCAUCGCGACCGGAUGUACCAGUCUUGCAAGGGGUGGACUUUGUCAUUCCGCCUCGCAAGCAUACGGCAAUAGUUGGACCAUCUGGCGGUGGCAAGUCCACCAUCGUGGCUCUUCUGGAACGCUUUUACGACCCUCAAUCCGGACAAAUCAGUAUUGGGAGUCAGGAUUUCCGAGAUUUGAAUGUGCGGUACCUGCGCGGGCAUAUUGGAUUUGUACCACAGGAGCCGUCUUUGCUGGAUCGCUCGAUUCUCGAAAAUAUUGCGUACGGACUGGUUACAUCUGCGACUGAACAGCACCGGACUCUCGCUCCAUUUAUUCUCGACUCUAGCCUAGCCGAUUUGGUAGACUACAUGCGUGCGGGCAUAUCAGAAAAGAAAGUCAUUCAGUAUUUCGAUCCCCGAAUCGCCCAGAUUAUCUCCCUGGUUCGACAAGCUGCGGCUAGCGCGAAUGCUUUGAAUUUCAUCGAUGCUCUUCCUCACGGCUUUGCGACAAGUGCAGGCUCUUCUGGAAGCCAGUUGAGUGGUGGUCAGAAACAGCGCAUUGCGUUAGCUCGGGCCCUGGUCCGCGAACCGGCACUUCUGAUACUCGACGAAGCAACGGCCGCUCUGGAUUCCACCAGCGAACGGUUGAUUCAAGACGCUCUAGCCAAGCUGGCUGAACGAGUGACCAUGGUCUCUAUUGCACACCGGUUAGCUACCGCCAAAGAUGCCCACAACAUCGUGCUCAUCCAGAAAGGCCGCGUGGUUGAGGAAGGCUCCCACGCCGAGCUGGUCGCUAAAGGUGGCUCAUAUACUGAGAUGGUGCGGCUGCAGAAUCUUGGAAGGCUGAGUCCGACAGUGGGACCCGGGGAAGAUAACAUCCGAGAAGCUAGAGAGGGUGUACUCGGCCAAACUCUAGCCGUCGAGGUUAAAGAAGCUUUCCUUGAUGUGAGUGGUACCGAUAUCACCGAUGUUACCGAUGAGACGAUCUCCACCUAUACGGUCGAACCCGUAAACGAGGAAACGGAAAAAGAACGGAAAAAGCGACAGCAGAAAGGACUGAAAGAGAAAUGCAGACGCAAGCGCACGAGGUGGUUUACCAUUCAAUUUACUUUCUCCCUGCUCCGGCCCGAUCUGCGCUAUGUCAUGCUCGGCCUUGCCAUGUCAAUCGUGAUCGGGGGAAGCUAUACCGCCGAAGCUGUCAUUUUUGGACACACGAUUGGGAGCUUGAAUCCUUGCAUUGGGGCAGACGGUAUUAGGCACGGUGGCCAUCUCUAUGGUCUUCUAUUCUUCAUCAUGGCUCUUGUCGAAUUCUCGGCAAAUGUGAUCGGUGGUUGCGCAUUUGGCUGGGCUGCUGACAAGAUCCUAUACCGGAUUCGUGUUCUCUCCUUGAGGUCCCUCAUGGGACAGACUGUCCAAUGGCACGGAAUGGAGGAUCGGACUCCCGGAACAAUCAUGACUUACAUCACCGGCGAUGCGACUGCACUGGGUAGCAUCACAGGUACAACAAUUGGCUUACUCUUGGCCACAGCAGUCAAUCUGGUAGCUGGCGUGGUGCUUUCCUUUGUGAUUGCCUGGAAGAUAGCAAUUGUGUUGCUUCCGACCAUCCCAGUCCUCUUGGCCGCAGGUAUUAUGAAGCUUCGGACCCAGGCUCAGUUCGCAGAACGCCAUCGAAAAGCUUUUGCCCAAGCGACCGCUAUUACGAUCGAAGCGGUUGAUCACAUCCGGGCUGUCUCGGCAUUUUCCUUGGAGAAACAGUCGUACGCGGUGUACGAGCGAGCGUUGCAAGCGCCGUACCGAGAGACCCUGUGGUCCAUUGCCUUCGGCAAUUUUUUCCUCGCCCUAGCUUUCAGCAUCAGCAACCUGGUGUAUGCCCUGGCCUACUGGUGGGGUACUCAACAGAUUGUGAAUGGCCUCUACACCCAGACCCAGUUUUUCAUUGUGCUGCCUGCUCUGCUAUUUAGCACCCAAUCCUGUGGCCAAAUGUUUGCUCUGGCGCCGGACAUCUCUAAGGCGGGGCUGGCUGCUUCAAAUAUUGCAGAGCUGCUCACGACCCGCUCGGCUGAUGAAGAGCUAAAUCCUGGUGCUUCAGGCACGCUCAAGAGGCAUGACAACUAUCUUCUCGAUGAGAAAAUCCCUGAUCUCGAGGCUGUGCACCCUGGGCAGUGCAAUACUGAAACAUCCGGCGUGCCUCCAGAAAUGAGUGGAAUUGGAGCGGAAUUACAGAAUGUCCACUUCGAGUAUCCGUCACGUCCAGGUCGACCAGUCCUUCGCGGACUUAGCUUGAGGAUCCAACCAGGUAAAUUUUGCGCUCUGGUCGGCCCUAGUGGUUCCGGAAAGUCCACGACCUUUGCAAUGUUAGAACGUUUCUACCGGCCCGAGUCUGGUGCAGUGGUGAUCGACGGUGUCGAUAUUACUCGCCAGCUGGGCCUGCAGUUCCGCGACGAGAUCGCUCUCGUGCCUCAGGAGAAUGUACUCUUCGAAGGCACAGUAGCCUUUAACAUCGGGCUGGGUGCGCGACCCGGCCACCAGCCAACCCAAGAAGAGAUCGAAGAGGCCUGCCGCAUGGCCCAUAUUCACGAGGUGAUCGAGGCCUUGCCUGACGGCUACCAGACUCAGUGCAGCCGUGAUGGCAAGCAGUUCUCCGGGGGCCAGCGACAGCGUUUAUCGAUUGCGCGAGCCCUGGUGCGCCGUCCACGACUACUGCUGCUGGACGAGUCGACCAGCGCCUUGGAUGUUGAGUCCGAAAAACGGAUCCAAGAGGCCCUUGCAACGCUUGCUGGCCGCACCACCAUCGUCGCGAUCGCACAUCGACUCAACACAAUCCAUCGUGCCGAUUGUAUCUACCUCAUCGAGGAGGGGCGCUGUGUCGAGCAGGGCACGCAUGAAGAGCUCAUCGAGCGCAGUGAGACAUAUCGGACGAGUGUCAUCCAUCAGUCUCUGGACACAUGA